CCGCAGGAACAGCAGCAGCUGCGCUGCGCUCCGGAGCGCCGCAUUCUUGCAGGGGAUCUUUUUGCAUUUUAUUUAAUGCGGACUUGAGAGAAAUGGCUCCGCCAAACAGACGUGGGCCACAGAGCCGUGGCCCGAAACAACAGAAAUUCAGCUUCAAGUUGUUAGAAAAGUAUUUUUCCAAGCAAUACCUGCUCUCGCUGGUGUUCGACCCUCGCCAGUUAUACGUCACGGCGCCGCUUUUCGUGCUGCUUGAGAUUUUCAUCAACUAUCUCAUCAUCCAACGUGUACCAUACACGGAAAUUGACUGGAAAGCGUACAUGCAAGAGGUGGAGGGAGUGGUGAAUGGCACCUUCGAUUACACGCAGCUCAAGGGGGACACUGGACCGCUUGUCUAUCCCGCAGGCUUUGUCUACAUCUUCAUGGGUCUCUACUACAUCACGGACUUUGGAACCAACAUCAGACUAGCCCAGUACAUUUUUGCUGGCCUUUACAUUAUUAACCUGUUGCUCGUAUUUCGAAUAUAUGGACGAAGUAGAAAGGUUCCUCCGUUCAUCAUGGUGUUUGUUUGUCUGACGUCCUAUCGAGUUCAUUCGAUAUUUUCACUGCGACUCUUUAACGACCCCGUUGCUAUGCUCCUUCUCUACGCCUCUCUCAACCUCUUCCUCGACGACAUGUGGACCUUUGGAUCUAUUUUCUUUAGUUUGGCUGUCUCCGUCAAAAUGAACAUUCUGUUGUUCGCACCAGCACUUCUUUUGGCCUACAUUGCCAUUCUUGGCUUCAAGAAAACAGUCCUUCAACUUUUCAUUUGUGGCCUUAUUCAGGCCCUUCUGGCUGCGCCCUUUUUGCUCACAAAUCCGACUGGCUACAUUCUCGGCGCCUUCAACUUGGGCAGAAUUUUCCUGUACAAGUGGACGGUCAAUUGGCGAUUCAUCACCGAGGAGCUUUUCGUCAGCCGAUCUUUCCACUUGGCCCUGCUGGCGUGCCACAUCGUUCUGCUCCUCUACUUUGCUCCGACCUGGCACACAUACUUCAAAAGUUACUCCCGACUCAGCAGCUUGGAGACUCAAGUGAAGGCUCAGUUGAAGAAAAAAGAGAAGGCCAUGCUCAACACUAGCAGCUCUUCGCAGCUGUUUUUGGCCCCUCUGUUUGCGGCCAACUUUAUUGGAAUGGUUUGCGCCAGGUCUCUGCACUACCAAUUCUACAUCUGGUACUACCACACUCUACCCUACCUGCUCUGGUGCACUCCCUACUCAAUGUGGACCAGAUUGGCAAUAAUGGGCAUAAUCGAGAUGUGCUGGAAUGUGUAUCCCUCAACGGAUUGGAGCUCUGGCGCUCUCCACAUCAGCCAUCUAAUUCUGCUACUCGGACUGGUGCAGACCCAGUCGGUCGUCUGCAAAACAAUACACGACGCAGAACCAUCAAGUGCUGCAAACCCAACUGCAGCCUUUGCAGAGCCCAGUGUUGCUGCCCCCGACAAAAAGAAGAAAAAGCAGAAGAACUACUAACAUUAAGAAGAUCCCUUGUAAUUUUAUAACUAGGGUCGGCCAGAAGCGAUGCAUGAUUUUUUUCCUGGCCUCCUGUACUGAUAAACUUGAUAGUCAUUUGAAAAGACUUUGUACAUAUUUUAUAAAAAUUUUGCAUGACUUUUAUCGUUGUUUUCCGAGUGAAUGUUACGUCGUGUGCUGUAGAUAAAUGUGAAGUGACCUGUGUGCUUUUGAUUUGUUGUUGAUGAUAUUUUGGUUUUAAUGUCCCUACUGAGGGUGUGUUCCAGUGGAGCAAAACUUGAGGAUUUAAGCAUAAAAAUAAAAGUUUUGUACCAGCAAAA